AUGGUGAACCAGGCUGCCAGUGGCUCAGCCGGCGGUAGGGUGCCACGUGGCGUCCAACAGACCGGGCGUACACAGGCGCACGGCGGCGGCGGCGGCGGCGGCAACGGUGGUAGCGGCGGCGGCGGCGGCGGCAGCAGCGGCGGCGGCGGCGGAGGAGGAGGAGGCAGCGGCGGCGGCGGUCCUUCCAGUCGCCAGAGCACAAGUGCCUUUUCUGGUGGCUCCGCGCCUGCCGGCCACCUGGCGCGCCCUGGCAGCAGCAGUAGCAGCAGCAGCAGCAGCAGCAGCAACAGCAGCUCCGGUAGCAGCAGCGGCAGCACCCACGCCGGCGGUCUAUCUCAUCGCGGCAGCAACUGCAGUCCCCUUCCCGGCGGUGCCCAGGCUUCCGGCCCCACCUCCGGCACUUCCUCCAAUCGAUCCGGGGUCGGAACCGCCCGGUCGCCUGGCCUUCCUGCUCAGUACCAUCGAGCCGGCGGCCAUGGCGGCGGGCCCGGCAGCGGCUCCGGCCCAUGCUCGGACACCGAUUAUCUGAACUUUGUCGCGCCGAGGCCGGCGCUGCCGGCUGCCUCCGGCACACCGGGCGCUGGCACCUUUGCCGGUAUCCCCCCGGUGGCCGUUCCCUUGGGCCAGCAUCCGCAGCAUCCGCAGCACCACUCGCACAUGGCUCCCCUGGUGGGUGGCCCCUCGCGAUCCGGAGGAGGCGCGGGCCAUUCUCACCAUCAUCCCCAUCAUGCUCCCUUCUCGCACUCAGCUCCAAACCCCUCGGGCCGGAAUGCCCCCGCGAGUGGGCCUGGUGCCGGUGCCUUUUCUCGCGCCACCGGAGCUCCUCCGGGUUUCACCACUGGCACUGGCGGUGGCGGUGGCGGUGGCGGUGGUAGUGCCGUUCCGCUGCUGGCUCCGCCAGGGCCUGGCCAGCCUGGCGCCGAUGUCGGAGGCACCGGAGGCAGCCAAUACCACCCCCCGCUGGGGGACGUCUUCCCCCGGGGCCCCUCUUCGCAACAGUCCGCGCACCAGCGCCACCACCAUGGCAAGUCCUCCGGGCCUGGCCACCCAUCCCCCAGUGGACACCAUGUCCCCGGGGGCGGGGCCCCCUCGCAUGGCCCCAAGCGCCGGAACCUCCGCCGUCAGCAGUCUUCUCUCUCAUCGGCCGCGCCCGGCGGGGGAUCACAUGCGCAUGCCGGCUUCCCGCAAACCGGUGGUCCAUUGGCGUCCACGACCUUGUCCCAUGUUUCUCCUUCGGCCAGUGAUCGUUCUCGCGGCGGCGGCGGCGGCGGCGGCGGCGGCAGCAACAAUCCCAACUCCUCGAAGGGCCGCUCGGCCGGAGGGCGCGACCAUGCGUCGCAGGGUGGCGGGAACCACGGUGCCGGCUUCCGGUCCGGGCGUGGGGCUGCCGCCCCCGGUGGGGCAUCGAGUCGCGCUUCCUCGACCGGUCGUCAGCCCUAUGGCGGCGGCGGCGGCGGCGGCGGCGGCGGGGGUCAUCCCGCCCCCUCAGCCUCGACCGCGCAUCCGGGCUCGCAGCUCGGUCAGACAACUGCCACCGUCGAUGCAGGCUCCUCCGCCGCAGCACUGGUGGCCUUCCAUCCUACUCAAACUGCCCGGCCCACGGCGGCCCUCGGCGGUUCACUUCCACAUGUGGUCCUCCGAGAACGGGCCGAUCUGGCCGGCUCGCUGUCGCGUUCAGGCACUUCACCGAUCACCCCGGCCCAAGAUCCCUCCGGCCGGGAGGCCACGCCAUCGCCUUCCUGCUCAAACAUGACCGCUCCGGCCGCCAUCGCCACCACCACCGCCGCCGCCAUGGCCAGCGUCGCAUCCGCCUCAUCUCAUCGGCAGCCAGCAGCUCUCCCGGGCCCGGUGGCAUCGGUGCAUCGUCCUGCCGCCCUCUCGGCGGUGGAUGACCUCGGGGAUUUGACGAUGGGCGUGGGCUCCGCCGCGACCGCCGGUCCCUCAUCCAUGGGCCAGUCACAUUCGGCGACGGGCACCCCGGCGCUGGCCGUGCCGGCUGCCGUGUCCCGUACUGCAUCCCCCGGCUCCUUUCCUUCCUCUUCCACUUCCCCGGGCGUCGGUGGGGCUUCAUCGGCGAGCUCGAUGGCUGCUACGUCAGUAGCUCCCACCACCAUCGCCACCACCACCACCACCACCACCGCCGCCGCCGCCGCCACGGCAUCCAUUUCCAGUGCCACCGCACCAUCAGCAGCAGCCGGAGCAGCACCAACUUCAACGGCGCCAGCCUCAGCAGCAUCAGCCUCCUCAUCCUCAUCAGCGUCAGCGGCGGCGGCGUCAGCGGCAGCGGCGGCAGCAGCCGCCUCUUCCAACUCCUCCUCCUCAUUUACGUCCCUCAGCACUCGGUUCUCCUCACCGGCCAAGCUGAGCGGGAAUGUGCACAGCCUAUACAAGGACCAGAAUGGCUGUCGCUUCCUUCAGAAGAUCCUCGAGGAUGAGGUCCUCUCCGUGACCUCGACCAAUGACACUGCCGGCGCGUCUGCCUCCGGCCCCUCCGCUUCGCCUCCGGACGAUGGGGCCCAUGGCGGGCUCGAUGGGGCUGCCAGCGGCGCCGGGAGCUUCCUCGACGUGAUCUUCGAGGAGGUGUUCGGGUCCAUCCUGGAACUCAUGAGCGACCCCUUCGGGAACUACCUGUGCCAGAAGCUCUUCCAAUUUUGCUCGCCCACUCAGCGCACUGAGCUCGUUCGUCAGGCCGCCCCGGGCUUGGUGACGGUCUCCCUCAAUAUGCACGGGACACGCUCGGUUCAGCGGCUGAUCAACCAUCUGGAUAACGACGAGCAGAUGCAACUGGUUAUCGCGGCCCUCAGCGACAGCGUGGUCCCCCUGAUCCAAGACCUGAAUGGGAACCACGUCAUCCAGCGCUGUCUGGAAUGCCUUCCCUCGCCGCAGAAUCAGUUCAUCUACGACGCCGUGACCUCCAACUGCAUGGCGGUCGCCUCGCAUCGCCAUGGCUGCUGCGUCCUCCAGCGGUGCAUUGACUCUGCUAGCCCCAGCCAGCUCGCCCAAUUGGCGGAAAAGAUUGUCGAAAAUGCCCUCCCCCUGGUCAAGGACCCCUACGGGAACUAUGUUGUGUCGUACAUUCUGUGCCCGGAAUCGCCGAAGCGCAUCCCCCAGCCGCGUGGCCCUGGCGGCGGGCCGCCCCCCUCGCAGAUGGACCUGGAUUUCCACGCGGACCUGCCUCCGGCGGCAUCCAUGCUCAAUGCCAACUCCCCGGCCAUGGACCCGGUCUUCCGCCGGAACAUGAUCAACACCCUGUCGCGCAUCUACGUGGACCACUUCAUCACGCUGUCCUGCCAGAAGUUCAGCUCAAAUGUCAUCGAGGAGUGCGUGCGCCGGUGUGAGCCGGCCAUCCAGCGGCACUUCAUCAGCUUCCUCACGGACGUCAAGUGCCUGCAGAAGCUCAUCGAGGACCAAUUCGGCAACUAUGUGCUGCAGACGUGCCUCGAUGUGGCGGCUCCGGACCAGCGCCGGGAGGUGGCCGAGCGCAUUCGCAGUCUCCAGCCCAACAUCCGGCACUUGCCCUACUUCAAGCGCUUCCAAUCCAAGGUGGCCACCAUUUUGGACUCGCUGCUGGCAGCCGAUGCGGCAGCGGCGGCCGCCACAGCGGCGGCCCUCCCGCCGGCAGCCGCCGCAUCGACCGGGGCAAUUGCGCUGGCCACUGCUGCGCCUGCCGGCGUCCCGACGACCCGCCGGUCGAAGGGGCUCCCCUCGCCAAUGGUGACGGCCAGCUCGUCGCCCGCCUCGGCAUCCGCCUCCUUGGAGCACCUUGGCUCGGAUUCCGACCGGCUGCUGUCCACCCGAUCGCUGGGGUCCUCCUCAUCCGAGGAGCUGGGCGGUGAUGGGACCACGCCGGUGUCCAGCUCCGAGGCUCUUACGCCGGCCGGCGUGACAUCGGUCCAGACCCCGGGCAUCGACUCGGCAUCCUUGGGCCCGGUAUCAGCCCUGACUCUUCCCGGGGAUUCGUUGCCGGCGGGGAUGCUGGCAAUUGGCGCGGGGCCAAGCACUGCCAUGGCUACCCUGACCAAUGGCCAGGAUGCCGUGGCUUUGUCAAUCCCCACAUCGCCGUCGCUUCCUGGGAGUUCCUACGACCGGAAUGAUCCCUCGGCCCCGCGGUCGGCCAUCCUCGCGGCCCCGGCCACGGCACUGCCCUCAUCGUUUGCCUUUUCGACGACGGCCGCCGGGUCGGUGGCCGGGGACUUUUCGUCGUCCCCGGUGACCCGGACCGCCGGGCUGCCUCGUGGAUCUGCGCCCGGCGCUUUGGGCGACCGGGCCAUGGCCGCCAUGGCCGAUGAUUUCCAUCACUCCUCUCGCCACCAGUCGGCAGGGGGAUUCCUCUCCGCGCCGGCCUUCGCACCCGGGGCCAUUGUCGAUUCCAUGACCUCGGGCAGCGGGGGACACUACUCGCAUCAUCACCAUCAUCAUCAUGAGCAGCACGCGUCGUAUCAGCCCGCCGGGGCGCACUCGCACCCUUCGCAUCACCAUGUCGGCCAUCAGCAGCAGCAGCAGCAGCAGCAACAGCAGGCGGCCGCGGCGGGGCAUCGCUCGGCCUCACGCCAGGCGCCCUCUCACCACUCCUACCAGCCUCCUCACCCGUCGGCUCCGGUGCCGGCGCCGACGUCGGCCACCGGGCUGUCACCUCACCAUCACUCCUCCCAGCACCCUGCCAGCCAGCACACAUACCAGCCAUCGCAAACCGCGCACAUGCGCAGCCACUCGGCCCUGGGGAUUGAGCUUGGCGCGCAUCACCACCACCAUCACCACCACCACCAUGCCCACCAGCAGCAGUCGCAUGGGCUGCUGUCUGGCGGUGUGCCCGGGGCCGCUCUCAGCCAGCGCAUCCAAUCCCUGUCGCUGUCCGGCAUGAGCCCCUUCCCUGGGCCGGGUGGUAGCAGCUCUUCGGCGGCGGCAGCGGUAGCCGCGGCGACGGCCGCGGCCGCGGCCGCGGCCGCCGUGCCCUCCUUUUCCCCCUCCUCGGUCCUCCUGUCGCCGAUUUCCUCGCUGGCGGCCGCCGGGUCGACCGGGGCACUGCCCAUUUCCGCCUCGGCUCCGGCCUCGGCUGUUGGCUCGAAGUCCACUUCCCCUUCGAGCUCCUUCUCCUCGCCGGCCUUGCUGGCUCUCGGGGUGGACCCCAUGGUGGCGGGUGGGCAUUUGCCACCGCCUCUGGGUCGCUCCGGGAUCGGGCUCACCUCGGACUCUGCCGGUGGCAUUCCUCCGACCGGGGGGGCCAUGUCGGCCGGGGCCCGGCCCAUGUCGGCCGGCGCGUCUGCCAGUGGUGGGUCUGCCUCGGGCUCGGACUUGCACUUGUCCUUCGGGAAGUUGUCCUUGGAUGCGCUGUCGCCCUUGUCGCCUCCCUCCUCGUCUUCGUCCUCCAUCGGCGGUAGUGGCGGCGUCUCGGGCGUUGCUUCCUUGGACAUGCUCAAUGGGGCUGGCGGCGGGGGCAGCACGGGUGGCAGCAGCAGCAGCAGCAGCAGCAGCAGCAGCAGCGCCGUCGGCGGCGGCCACAUGGCCACCAGCCAGGUUUCCUACUUCGGCCACCCCCACCAGCACCACACUUCGCCGGCUCAUUAUCAUCAUCAUCAUCACCAUGGCCAUUCGGCGGUCGGGCUGAUGUCUGGCGCUGGCUCCUUCCAGCAUUACUCGCAUGUUGGGGCACACGAGGGGUACUUUGAUGUACUUGGUGGGCCUGGUGGGACCUCAUCGUCGGCGGCUGCUGCGGCUGCUGCGGCUGCUGCCGCUGCUGCUGCGGCGGCGGCAGCAUCCACCACCACCACCACCACAUCGGCCUCUGCUCCCGGCGCGCUCUUCCACAGCUCCGGACUGCCAGCCCUUCAGACAGUCGGUGCCCCGGGGUCGCGUCCUCACGAUCACUCUCUUCAUUUGUAUCAUCAUCAUCAGCAACACCACACCCAGCAGCAGCAUCAACAGCAGCAGCAGCAGCAGCAGCAGCAGCAGCAGCAGCAGCCACAGUCGGCACCAGGAUCCUAUCAUCCCCACCACCUCCACUAUCCCCAUCUCCAUUCGCAGGGCACCUCGGCCACCGGUCUUUCGCAUGUCUUCAGCGUGGCACCCGUCACCGGGGAGACUUCUUCUCGGCGGGGCUCCUCCCCGGAGUUGCGUCCGCAGGCCUCCACCACGGCGAGCCACCACCACCACCAUCACCUGCCACCAUCCCAUCACCCUCAUUAUCCGCACUCUUUGCAUACGUAUGCCAGCGCGGCCGAUCUGGCCGGGACCAAUACGGCUCCCUCUUCGCCGGCUGGCGGGCUGUCUCUCAGCCCGGAUGGCAUGGGCUCGAUGUCGGCGGCUGCGGCGGCCACGGCGGCUGCGGCGGCUGCGGCAACCGCCAACAGCGGCAACAGCAGCAGCAGCAGCAGCGCCAGCAACAACAGCAACAACGGCAGCAGCAGCCGGAGCGGCGGCAGCAGCCCUGUGCAUCUGCUCGCAUCCAUGCGGCAGCCCGGCACCGGAGGUGGGGAUUCCCCUGCCUCCGUGGGAUCUGCCUCGGACCUUGAGAGCUCGGCCACGGCCCCGGUAUCGUUGCCUCUGGGCGGAGGCGGCAGCCUCCAUGAGGACCAACGUCGGCUCCCGACCGAUGGGGCUGCCGCAUUUGGCGAGUCGCUGGGGUUGUCCGGUUCACCGAUGACAAGCACGUCGGGGUUCCUGACGGCCGCGGCGGCUGCCAGUUCCAGCGGCAGCAAUGGUGCCCUCACCUCUUCCUCGUCGUUGGUUCGCUCGCACUCAACCCCCUCAUCGCUGGCUCUCUCGCACCCGGCGGUUCUGGGAAGCGCCAGCGCCGAUCUUUCGGCUGCCGGAGCCGGCGGCGCCACCGGAAAUGUGUCUCCACUGGCCAGUUCGCCUCCGGUCCCCUGGUCACUGGGUGGCUCAAUCGGCGCCGACUUCAAGGCAACGUCGGAUCUUGCGUCGACAGUCAGCCAGGCCGCGGCCCUGCAUCAUCAUCCCCACCUGACUGACUACCACCUGCGGCAGCACAUGAGAGAAGGCUCCUUUGGUGCUGGCUCCUCCGCUGCCGCCUCGCCAAGCGUAUCUCUUCUCACCGGAGCGGCGGGCGUCCCUUCGGGCACCCCCUUCUCCGGCCCCUCUUUCCCUUCGGCUCUCGGCACUUCCCCGUCCUUCAUGCUCCCAAUGUCAGUGGCCGGAUCCGGAAUGCAUGCCCCCAGCGCCAGCAUCUCUCCUCUGUCGUCGAUGUUUUCGACCGUCGGCUUGAGCGCUGCCGCCGAGCCGUACUAUCACCAUCCGGCUGUGGGCCAUGAUCCCACGGCUGGCUCGGCUCUGGGCCAUGGCUUCCACCAAGCCCAUGCGCACCACCACCACCACCACCACCACCCUUCUCACCACCCCCAUGGCGCUGGUGGUGGCGGCAACGGCAGCGGCGCCGGCGCCGGCGACGGUGACAGCAGUGGCAGUAGCGGCAACAGUAGCCACAGUCUUGGUACUGUGGUCCAUGCGUCUCCGCUGCUUGGUGGCUCCACUGGACACCAUGCUCAUCUGAUGCCCAGCUUUGUCCACUCUGGUGGCGCUCUUGGCACCAACGCCCUGUUCGCCUCGGGCGGUGGCAGCUCGGUGGCUGGGAGUGCCCCAUCGACGACCGUGCCUGCUUCGUCACGUUUUGCUCUCGACACCAGUGUGGGAAAUCUGGUCCCCCCGGCCAAGCUGGCCAUCUCCCACGCCGGCAACGACUGAGCGUGUGUCGCAUUUGACACCGAGAGAGAGAGCGAGAGAGAGAGA